UAGUCAGCACCUGCGCCUCUGACGGAGCCUUUGCUUUAACUCCAGAAGCGACGGGACGGUGCAGUGCUCAGUGGGAUCGCUACAGCUUUCCCGCCGAGGUACCUACUAGCGAGCUCCUUCUCCUAGCACCUGCCUCCCUCACAGGAGGGAGCUUCUCACAGCCCGAGGGGGAGGCGAUGGCCGUCACCCGCCCGCGGCAGUACCGCUGAGGCACGCAGCUGGCGGCUAGCGGUAGGACUGACCGGCUAGCCCUACACGUCCCCCGCACGGCGCGGGGCCACAAGCCAGUACCUUUGGGCGACCUCCGGGACUGGCCGCCGGAAGAAACGACCUGGGACGACGCUUUGCUGAGGCCUACGCCCCCCCGGUUCCCGCCGCGCGCGCUCCUCUCCCGCCCCUCGCGCCCCCUCAUGGCUUCCCGCCGGGGCGUGGCCAGCGCCGCCCGGUAGGAGCGGCGCCCCGUCGCUGCGCCCCGUCCUCGCCGCGGGGUUCUGAGGCGGCGGGGGCUGUAUCCUAGCUAUGGCUGAGCUCGGAGCCUGGCUGCGUCGCGGCCGCCCCCUGCUCUUCCUCACCUGCCUCUUCGCGCCCUUUUUGGGCCAGCCCGGAGCCGGCCGCGCUGCCCGCGCCCCUUACGCGGGUAAGGCGCCUCGGGUCGGCCUCGUGUGGGUGAGGGCCAGCGGGACUCCCCGCGGGGGCCGCUAGGGAGAGAGGGGUGGGUGGCAGGCGCUUCAGCGAGGAGCUGGGAGGGUGUCGGAGGGGAGGGUACGGUCAGCUGAGAGUUACGAACCCUCUUGAACCCUGGCUUUCGUGUAAGCCUGGCGUUGUGAGGGGGUAGCUCGCCGCCGGGGGUAGGGGGAGGCUGUACCGGAGCCCGGGGGUCUGCCGGGCCGCCGCUGCCUCCCCUGGCUGUUCCGGUCCUCCGUCUGCAGCCCGGCUCCGGCGGGCAGCUGGGAGCGGCGGGAGCGCGGGCAGGAGGGAGCGCGUUUCGUGUGGAAAAACGAGGCGGGUUUUUGCGCGUGGGGGAGAAUGCUCUCGGGGUUGAGACGGCCACGCAUCACGCUUCGUUUUCCGCGCCAUCAACUUCUGCCAAGGUGAAGCUCAAAUAAGGCUGAUUUCAAGGUGAAGCGGGAUUUUGGUGGUCGCUGAGGAGUGCUGAGGUAUAUCUGAGCCUUCUUUUAUUGCUAAAAGUGAAGAUCGUUUGUUUAAACAUUUAUUUGAAGACUAUCAAAGAUGGGUUCGUCCAGUGGAACGCUUGAAUGACACAAUAAAAAUAAAGUUUGGUCUUGCAAUCUCUCAGCUAGUAGAUGUGGAUGAGAAAAAUCAAUUGAUGACGACAAAUGUCUGGUUGAAACAGGAAUGGAUAGAUGUAAAAUUAAGAUGGAAUCCUGAAGACUAUGCUGGAAUAACAUCCAUUCGUGUCCCAUCAGAUUCUAUUUGGAUUCCAGAUAUUGUAUUAUAUGACAAUGCAGAUGGACGUUUUGAGGGAACAUCUACAAAAACUGUGGUAAAAUAUGACGGGACCAUUGCUUGGACUCCACCAGCAAACUACAAAAGUUCUUGUACUAUUGAUGUAACCUUCUUCCCCUUUGACCUCCAAAAUUGCUCAAUGAAAUUUGGUUCCUGGACUUACGAUGGCUCACAGGUUGAUAUAGUUCUUGAAGAUUAUGAUGUAGACAAAAGAGACUUUUUUGAUAAUGGAGAAUGGGAAAUAGUGACUGCAACAGGGAGCAAAGGAAACAGGACUGAUGGAUGCUGUUGGUAUCCUUUUGUUACAUAUUCAUUUAUAAUUAGACGUUUGCCACUUUUUUACACAUUGUUUCUCAUUAUUCCUUGUAUUGGGCUUUCGUUUCUAACUGUCCUUGUCUUCUAUCUUCCUUCAAAUGAAGGUGAAAAAAUUUCACUUUGCACUUCAGUACUGGUAUCUUUGACUGUUUUUCUUCUUGUUAUUGAAGAGAUUAUUCCAUCGUCUUCUAAAGUUAUCCCACUUAUAGGAGAGUACUUGGUGUUUACUAUGAUAUUUGUGACAUUGUCCAUUGUGAUAACUGUCUUUGCUAUCAAUAUUCAUCAUCGCUCUUCAUCUACACACAAUGCUAUGGCACCUUGGGUUCGCAAGAUAUUUCUUCACAAACUUCCUAAGCUGCUUUGCAUGAGAAGCCAUGUAGACAGAUACUUUGCUCAGAAGGAGGAAACAGGAAAUACAAAUGGAUCAGAGUCAUCUAGGAACACCUUGGAAGCAGCUCUAGACUCUAUCCGAUACAUUACAAGGCAUGUUAUGAAGGAGAAUGAAGUUCGUGAGGUUGUUGAAGACUGGAAAUUUAUUGCUCAGGUGCUUGAUCGAAUGUUUUUAUGGACUUUUCUUCUGGUUUCAAUAAUUGGAUCACUUGUGUUAUUUAUUCCUGUUAUUCAUAAAUGGGCAAGUAUAAUAGUGCCUACGCAUAUAGGCAGUACAAAUGCCUAAAAUAUUCUUGGGUCUGUCUCCUGCUAAUGUGGCUCUAAAGAGUUUUGCAGUAGCUCUAUUUCAUGCAUGUUAUUUUCAGGCAUGUUUCUAAUAGAGUAAAAAAAAAAAUAAUCCCAAAUCAGAAAAUUAUGUUUAUUUUAGAGCAUGUCAUCCCUAGGACGCAUAGAAGUCAAUUUGCUUAUUUCCAGUCUACUAAGUUACUUCUAAAUCAGGUCAGAAUUAAAAGGACCUUCUCAUGCACUUGCAUGUAUGAUAUGUCAAAAAAGCAUACACUGACACCUACUGCGAAACAGAAGGAUUUAAAAUUUUUUAAUGAUGAUCGCUGUAGUUCAAUUAUUAAAUUACUAUAUAAAUUGUUAUAGUGAGUAUUAAAUAUUUGUAGAUAUUUACAGUUGGGUUGCUUAUUUCAAUUUACUGUAGUAUGCAAAGGAGAAUUUUUAUCAGCUCUCUUGAAUGUGUUGUAAAAGUAAUAAAGUUUCUACAGAGUAAAUUUAAAAUAAUAAUAAAAAUACCCUUUAAACUUCCCAUAUAUUCAACAUAUAAGUAAAAGUAGUGAUUUGGCUAUGUUUUGCCUUUAUAAAUUUUCAGUGGGAUCUGCUGCUAAAUUUAAAACCUUGUUAAUUCUAUUAUACUAACAUGAACAUUUAAUAUGGUAAGCCUUAAAAUGUCUGCAGGAUACAAAUAUAUCGGUAUCUUUGUAUCAGCUAUGGAAGGGAAGGCAAAGACAAUUAAAUGAAUUCCCAAGUUGCACAAAUAGUCUAAUAGACCAGAACAUUCAGGUUUCUUUAUUCUCAAUGAAGAAUUUGAUACAGUAUGUGAGUUGCAAAUAUGUUAAUCAUUUCCUGCUUUUACGUGUUGCUCAGAAUUAAGUUUUUAAGCAUGGUUAGAUGGAACUUGGGGUAUGCCUUUCUGAAGGAAAUGGGUUGAAAAUUAUCAUGCUGUAUAACCAAAUGCAGAUGAUUAAAGUUUCAUAAAUUUGUUAAACUGAACUUAGAAAGCUACCUUUAAUAGGUUCUCUCACUUAAAGGACCAUAUACAACUCUGAGCAGCAAGGAUUUACAGCUUCCCAUACUUUUUUUUUCCUGAGAGCAUUGAAAACUAACUUGCAACUUUUUACUUAUUCCAUUAAAAUAUAUUCUUUAAAUACGGAUUUAAAUUCUCUACAUUCUUUCCAAUGCCAUCUUUCUUAAAAGAUUUACUUCUGGAAGAGACUCUAAAAUAGAUGGAGGUUUUCCUACACCAAAGUUUUGUCAGUGUACUUCAUAAUAUAGUUUCAUCCUGGAGGGCUAAUACAGUAAUGCCAAGCUAGAGCAAGUCUUGGGAAGUUUUUAUUUGCUUUAAUUACUACAUUAUUAGUAACAUGUUUAGGUGAAAAAUUUAAUGUAAAUGGUGGUAUCUUUGAUAAUGUAAGUUUUUGUAGUGGUUAUGAAUUUGGAAAACAGAUACAUUUUUCCCUGCUCCAUAUCUCCUUUAGAAUAGCACUGUUUGGCAUUGUACUGAUUGUAGUACUGAUUGCUUAUGUCAUAACUUAUAUAUAAUUGAAUAUUUAUUUCAAAUUGUUCUCACCUGUAGGACAUUCUUGGUUUUGUGUAGCUUUUUAAGGCUCACAGGCAAGGAAAUGAUGCCAGUGAAGCCUUUCCCCCCACCCCAAAUACCAAUUUAGAAAUAAUUCUGACAGUAACGGGAGUCACUCUGGCUCUUCAGUUGUACAAUUACAUCUGGCAUUGGAUAUCUAGAUUUCCUCUAUUCCCAUCAUAAUUAAUUUUAAAGGUGAAUUUGCAAAGAUUGUCCAAUUUAAUCCAUUAAUAUAAUAAUUUUAACUUUUGCAGCAUUACUAAGAUGAAACAAUGCAUCAGUGACUUUCUCUGUGUGGAAGUUGCAGAAAUCCUUUAGAUAUCAUAUUUCUUCUUCAAAUGCUAAAUUUCUUUUUAUAGUCCUUCUUCGGUUUGAAUUAUUGAAGUUUAUUCUUACCUGAACAGAAAGCAAUGUAAGUAAAACUAUAAUCUAUAACUAUAUAUAUUAUUUUUUUAACUCCCCACCUCGUCUCUUUCCCCUUGUUAAAUGAUGUCUGUAGAUUGCCCAGUUAUAAGGUGAUGGAUUGGCAGCGUAUUGGCCACUGGAGUCCCAGUCUUUAUACUAGUAACUCACAGUUUUUGCAAAUGCGUGAAUUUCAGUCACUUCUAUAAUCUGAUCAUGAUAAAUACAGGUAAGAUAGCUUGACACUAGAAUCCUUGGGGUCUUCAGCUUACCAUCAGGUGUGUCUGAAACAAAAUAAUUUUAAUAGCCUCAGAAGCAUGGACCUUUACUUAUGUAAAUUGUUUCUGAAUGUGUUGAACUGUAGCUAGUGCUACCUUAUAUAGGUUUUUGUCGCUUGGUCAAAAUAAAUGAAAACCAAAAAAAGCACGAUUUUUAACAGCUUGGUUCUCUUUAUUUUCAUAAAUGUUACAUCACUUGAUACACUGUAUUUCCAGUUUCCACUUUGGUACAGAGAGAAUAGUUCAUAUUUUUACAAAAUAUUUUCUCAUGACAGUAUAUUGUUGCAUUUUUUAUUCAUGCUUUUAAAUUAUCAGCAGUUACGGAUUUUAAAAAAAAAAAAAAAGUAUGCCUAAUAGGUAAUUUUAGCAUACUUUGCAGGACUAUUUUGUAUCUACAUGCCUUCCCUUGUCAUAAAACACUUUGCUAUAGUAGGAUGCUUCUGUAUCCAAACUAUCCUAUCAAAGUAUUUUGAUCCUUAGCAUAACCUGCAGACCACAUCUUAGUGUGUAUUUUACUUGUACGAAGUUUUAAACAUGAUUAGGUUUGAAUAGCUUGAUGUUUUUUCUGACAGUCUUCUCAUAUGUUGAAAUAUGGGGAUGCACAGAGUUUACAUUAUGGCUGCUUUAUUACUAUCAUCUAUUAUUUACCUAUUUGUUUUCCUUCUGCAAUAAACCUGCCCAUGGUCCUUUC